ACAUCACCCGCAGGUGAACCUAUCAUUGCACGCAGCAGGAAGUUUACACUGCGUUUUUUUCUUCUGUAAUUCCUUUGCAAAGUGCAACACAAGUGAAAAGAAAAUAAGAGCUAUUCGGUAUCUGUCUUCAGAUCCAAAUCUGUCUUCCUUCGCUAUUCUAUGACAGAUCCCUGAAUUAACAUAUUCGGCUCUUCGACUAUCGAGUUCGGGUCAAUCCGUAUUAUCUUACUGAGUCCGUUGGGAUUUUUUUUUCGUCUCGGCUUGUUUUCUUUCCUUUUGAUCUGAUCGAGCUCGCCGGAGAGGCUUCAAAAGGACCCAAUCAUGAAUCCCUUCUCGUCCGGUACGCGUCUAAGGGACAUGAUUCGGGCAAUACGUGCUUGCAAAACUGCUGCUGAUGAGCGUGCUGUCAUAAGAAAAGAGUGUGCUGCUAUUCGUGCAGCUAUUAAUGAAAAUGGUCAAGAUUAUAGGCACCGCAACUUGGCAAAGCUGAUGUUUAUUCACAUGCUUGGUUAUCCAACACAUUUUGGUCAAAUGGAGUGCCUGAAAUUGAUCGCAUCUGCUGGAUUUCCGGAGAAGAGAAUAGGAUAUCUUGGCCUCAUGCUACUUCUUGAUGAACGGCAAGAAGUUCUAAUGUUGGUCACGAACUCAUUAAAACAAGAUCUCAAUCACUCCAACCAGUAUAUUGUAGGGCUCGCUCUUUGUGCUUUGGGAAAUAUUUGUUCUGCCGAAAUGGCUCGCGAUCUUGCACCAGAAGUGGAAAGAUUGCUCCAAUUUCGGGAUCCAAAUAUUCGGAAAAAGGCUGCAUUAUGCUCCAUACGGAUUAUAAGGAAAGUCCCUGAUCUAGCAGAAAAUUUUAUAAACUCUGCUGCUGCAUUACUUAAAGAAAAACAUCAUGGAGUCUUAAUAACAGGCAUUCAACUCUGCACAGAUCUAUGUAAAGUCAGUCCAGAAGCCCUUGAAUAUUUUCGAAAGAAAUGCACGGAAGGUUUGGUCAGAACUCUAAAAGAUGUGGCGAACAGUCCAUAUGCACCUGAGUAUGAUAUUUCUGGCAUUACAGACCCUUUUCUCCAUAUCAGAUUGCUUAAACUUCUGCGCAUGCUAGGCCAAGGGGAUGCUGAUGCCAGCGACGCUAUGAAUGACAUACUUGCACAGGUGGCAACAAAAGCUGAAUCAAACAAAAAUGCUGGCAAUGCUAUUUUAUAUGAAUGUGUGGAAACUAUCAUGAGCAUUGAAGAUAAUGGUGGUUUACGGGUGCUUGCUAUUAAUAUCUUGGGAAGAUUCUUGUCAAACCGUGACAACAAUAUCAGAUAUGUUGCAUUGAACAUGCUGAUGAAGGCCAUUACUAUAGAUGCUCAAGCAGUGCAAAGGCAUCGGGCAACAAUCUUGGAUUGUGUUAAGGAUUCAGAUGCUUCUAUCCGUAAAAGAGCCCUUGAACUUGUUUACCUUCUAGUGAAUGAGGACAAUGUAAAGCCUUUGACAAAAGAGCUAAUUGAAUAUUUGGAAGCAAGUGAUCAAGAAUUUAAGGGAGAUCUUACCGCCAAAAUUUGCUCCAUUGUUGAAAAGUUCUCCCCUGAGAAAAUUUGGUAUGUUGAUCAGAUGCUUAAAGUUCUUACCGAGGCUGGAAAUUUUGUAAAAGAUGAAGUGUGGCACGCCCUUAUUGUUGCUAUAAGCAAUGCUUCUGAUCUCCAUGGAUAUACAGUCAGGGCUUUAUACAGAGCAUGUCAAACAUCAGUUGAACAGGAAACCCUUGUUCGAGUUGCAGUAUGGUGCAUUGGAGAAUAUGGUGACAUGUUGGUGAACAAUGUUGGGAUGUUUGAAAUAGAGAAUCCUAUAACUGUAACAGAGUCUGAUGCUGUGGAUGUUGUUGAGAUUGCUAUAAAGCGCCAGGCCUCUGAUCUCACUACUAAAGCAAUGGCUUUGAUUGCUUUAUUGAAGCUCUCUUCCCGGUUCCCAGCUUGCUCAGGGAGGAUCAAGGAUAUAAUAGUUCAAUAUAAAGGAAACCUUGUUCUUGAAUUGCAGCAGAGAUCCCUUGAGUUCAACUCUAUUGUUGAGAAGCAUCAGAAUAUUAGGUCUGCUCUGGUUGAAAGGAUGCCAGUUUUGGAUGAGGCUGCUUUCUUUGGAAAGAGAGCUGGUUCUUUGCUGACAACUGAGUCAAUUUCCAAUGGGGCAUCUCUUAAUCUUCCAAAUGGAGUUGCUAAGCUCUCUGCAGCUCCUCUUGUAGAUUUACUUGAUCUUUCAGAUGAUGCUCCUGCACCAAGCUCUUCUGAUGGCAACUUUCUUCAUGAUCUUCUUGGUGUUGAUUUAGCACCAGCUUCAGCGCAACCAGGCACAAGCCAGGCUCCCAAAGCUGGUACAGAUGUUCUACUAGAUCUUUUGUCCAUUGGAACGACUACUCCAGUACAAAGCAAUUCAUACAAACCUGACAUGUUAUCGUCUGGUCAAGAUAGCCAAAAACCAAUUGCUACAUUAGAUGUACUCUCAUUACCUUCAUCUUCAGCCCAAGCCAAUUCCUCUGUUGGAGCUUCUCCCAUGAUGGAUUUGUUGGAUGGCUUAGCCCCCAGCUCAUCAAAUCGUGAGGAUAAUGGUCCAGUUUAUCCAUCUAUAGUUGCAUUCGAGAGCAGCAACUUGAGGAUGACAUUUAACUUCUCAAAGUCACCUGGGAACCCGCAAACAACAUUAAUCCAGGCCACUUUCACAAAUUUGUCAUCAAAUGCAUUUACGGAUUUUGUUUUCCAGGCAGCAGUUCCAAAGUUUCUUCAGCUGCACUUAGAUCCAGCUAGCGGCAAUAUGCUACCUGCAAGUGGUAAUGGGUCAGUCACACAAAGCUUGAGAGUAACUAACAGCCAACAUGGAAAGAAAUCACUUGUGAUGCGCAUAAGGAUAGCUUACAAGCUGAACAACAAAGAUAUGUUGGAAGAAGGACAAAUCAACAAUUUCCCUCGGGAUUUGUGAAAUUAAUUGGUCCAGAUAGUGGUCACGAUGCCACAUUGCCAUGUAUGACCUCCAAAUUUUUUCUCCUCUGAGAAGCACCUUACUCUUUGUAGUGAUAGUAAAGUAUAUUGUUUGUAUUCUUCUAUUGAGGGCAGUAUUAUAGCAGCUGAUGAGAAUUUCUUUCUUUUUUUUUCCUUUUUUAAUUUUGGGGUUUGGGAUUGUACUUAUCACAAAUUUUCCUCUUAGGUGUUUUGUGUACAUUAUUACAAAAUUUCUGCUGAAUUUGCCUUUUUGAGGCUCAGAGAAAGGACCUAGUCCCAUAAUGAAACUCCAAUUGCUGUGCAGUUUGUUUUUGAACCCACAGCCUCA